AGGAUAUAAUGGCGUCUGAAAUCAAUUUCAUCAAUGAAAUUAACAGCAAAUCAAUGAAUUGGAAGUUAAAGGUUCGUAUUGUGAGGCUUUAGAAAAAUCCGGACUGCGACAGGCCUGACAACCCCUUUUCCAUUGAGAUUGUUCUGAUGGAUGAAAAGGGCGACCGCAUUCACGCAAGUAUUGGCAGGUCUUUUAUUCAAAGGUUCAAACAAGAAAUUAAGGAAAUGGGUUUGUACAUCAUGAACAAUUUUGUGGUUUGUCCAAAUAAUAUGAAGCUUAAGACCAAAGACCACAAGUUUAAGUUGAUGUUCACGCAUAAAAGCACUGUUGACGAAAUACAUGAUCCACAAUUCAACAUGUGUAUUUUCAAAUUUAGAACCUAUGAGCAGAUGUCAAAUCCCCAAGAAUUUGACAAUACUGAGUUAUUUGAUGUCAUUGGCGAAGUUGUGAGUUAUGAGGACGUACAGUCUAUCAAGCAAGAUGAUAACAUCCGUAUGUACAUGAACAUUGAGAUACAAGAUUAUGAGAGUAACAACAUUUCUGCAACUCUUUGGGGAGACUUUGUGGAACAGAUAAAGCCAUAUUUGAAUGGAUCCAAUGAUAAGCAUGUUGUCGUCGUCAUGCAAUUGAUUAGAGCACAUCGAUAUUGAGAACAAUAUUCGGUGAGGAAUACUUGGCACGUAUCGAAGCUUUGGAUCAAUUCAAAUCUUCCUCAAGUUGUUGACUUUUGCUCCAGAAUGGUUUCUGUGCGUGGAGAAAGCUCCCAAAGAAUUACUCAAAUUUCAUCUCACAAAACUCACUCUGUUGCUAAUGAGCUAGCAUCUGGAAGUAUUGAAGUUAAAAAUGUUGAGGAUUUGGGUGACUGUAACUAUGUGAGUACCUACUUUUUAAUUUAUUUUUUUUUACUUUUUAAUUACUUAUCUUAUAUUUCUCUACAUAACAAUUGUAUAUACAACUUUUAUGCGCAGCCAGGAAAUUACUGGGUUGUAGCAACUAUUGUACACGUUGAAUUAGACCGUGGAUGGUGUUAUUUAGCAUGCAAAAUUUGCUCAAAGAAACUAGAAAAAGAGGGGAAUAAAUUUUAUUAUAAAAAAAUGCGAGCUGAUUCGUCUUCUCCGGUAAAUUACAUCUAUUCUUUGAUAUUGGAUAGCCUCCAUAUGCCACUAGCAGCUUUUUUGGUUACAAGUAUCAGAACAGUCUAUAUCCUUCAAUAUAGCAGACUGUAAUGAAGUAGUUCUUAUCCAAUUUAACCUCCUGAUAAUUGAGGUUCUUCAAAACUCUAUUGAUGAUAAUUCAAGUAAGUUGGUCGAUUUAUUGAUCAACUAAUGUAGAGGCAUACUUUAACUCCUUAUGGAUUAGUAGGAGUAUUUUUUUGGUCUAUGUUUUUUUUUUUUUUUUUUGGUCAGGUAGGUUAUUAAAUGUUAGUGGCAAGCCGCUGGAUAAAUUAGCAAAGCUAAAUGAAUUAGUUGAUUUUUCGCCUUA